CUGAGACUCUGUCUGCGUCCGCAUCUGAUCUGAGCCAAAUCAAACCAAGCCCAUCCCGAGGAUUCCAUGCUUCACACGCCCCCAGCCAUGAGCACUGUCUCAUCAUCAUCAUUUCCUCCCUCCCAUCUUUUCCUCUCCUACCAUCACCUUCAUCCAUCAUGACACCUCACCACCAUUACCGCUGCUAAUCGUCACAAACACCAAAAACACCAGCUACGCCUGGCAAUAAUAAUUACCUCAAAACUCCACAAACGAAAAUAAUUUCAGCCGCCUGCCAAAUCCAACAAGCAAACCAUCCAGGAGGCCAAUUGCCGCUCAAGUCGACUUCAUCCACCUUACAGCCUCACCACGUUGACCUCACAACACCACAAGUCUUCAUGAUGGCUGUCUCGUCGUCGAGUACACCCGGUCGAUCACCUUCAGCCCGACCUGACAAGAGCAAGAAGCAAGGAAAAACAGUCAUACUUAAGCUGUCUCCCAAGUUACUACGCCGCUUUGAAGAGCCUGCACCCAAGACAGAAGAACAAUCAACAACCUCCUCAGCAUCCUCACCUGCCCCUGCGGCCGAUGACCUUCCUACAUUGAAGGUUCCUGACGUCAAUGACAAUGCUUCUGAGUCGAAUUCAACACCGGCACCAAACGGCGACGCAUCGAGUGCUGACGCCUCGAAGAAGCGAAAGAACCCUUCUGCAGGAAGCAAGAGAAGUCUAGGCCAAAUGGCAGCCGAGUCUAAUGGGACGCCCAAACCACGAGGCAAGCCUGGUCCAAAGAAGAAACCAAGAUUGGACGAUGGUACUAUUGACCACGCUGGCGGCAGACCGUCACUCCCCGCCAUGCUUGGUGGGCACCGAUUAGGUCCCAAGGCGAAUCAAGGCGCUAUCAACGCCGGUCUUCGAGCCCUGGAUCGAUCUGGAAAACCAUGCCGCAAAUGGAUCAAGAAGGCUUUCAGCGUGAAGAGCUUUACUGGUGUCGUUUGGGAGGUACCCUCCUGGAAAGGCAACGAGAGGCCCGCCAUGCUCAAUGGUGAUGAAUCAAGUGAUGCCAAAGACAUCUCCCAACAGAGCAGCAGUGACAUCAAACCCAACGAAAGCGACACUGCCAUUGACAGUAAUGCCGGCGAACAGCUUGAUCCUAUGGUUAUGUCUACUCCAGCACCCAGCUCCCCAGUACCGAUGCCACCACCACCAGCUGCUAUUGCCGCCCAGGGCUGAUCUACGGGCACUUUUCUAUUCAUCUAUCUGCCACAUGUUGGCGCAGUGUUUCUGCAUGACGCCCUCUACCACCUAUGGGAGCCUGUCGUGUUCGGAGAUACAAACCUGCAUGUGUACUUUGACCCCAGCAUAUUGCACGUCAGAUGGGUGCCAGGGUUCGAAAAGAACAAGCAUAUUCGACGGAGUUUUUCAUGGUUAUGGAUUAUCCCUAUCUCAGCAUGGCGUUCUAGGAACAAAGUCUCAUUUGGGUAUCUCGGGUUGUCAUGCAGGUGGGCAACGGUCUCAUGACGGGUCUGGAAAUGUAACGGGCAUCAACGGGGCAAAGUUCGGUGAAGACUUGUCAUCAGUCUUCGAAGAGCCUUUGUCGAGUAGAGAGAUGAGACUUUGAGGCAUUUCCUUCUGGUUACUGUAUCAAUAGAAAGCGAAUGAAGGUUUGCUGGCCAUGCAAGCUUCGUAUUAGCAUUUCACACAUUGCUUCUCUAGUGGCCGUCUCGGCGUCAGUAGGUCUUGAUUCCAGCC